AAAAAAGGUGAAGGAACAUUUUUUUCAUUAUUUUUUUCGUAUUUUGUCCUGAAAAACGUUAACCAAUGUGCUGAAAAAAUUAAUUGCUUGAAUUUGGACAACAAAAUAAUGGCAUGUGCUGCAAAUAUUGAACAAUCACAAACGAAUCAGACUACGCCACAACUUGUUCCGAGAUCCAUGCAACGAGCUGUUGUCGUCGAUGGAGGCGUUGGAGCACGAGUAAUUAGAGGACCUGAUUGGAAAUGGGGGAAACAGGAUGGCGGCGACGGGCAUGUCGGAACAGUUCGAAGUUUCGAAUCUGCUGAAGAAGUUGUCGUUGUAUGGGACAAUGGCACAGCUGCAAAUUAUCGUUGUUCAGGCGCUUAUGAUCUUCGUGUCUUAGAUAGUGCUCCAACGGGCACCAAACACGACGGAACAAUGUGUGACACAUGCCGCCAACAACCAAUUUUCGGAAUUCGUUGGAAAUGCGCGGAAUGUAGCAACUACGAUCUGUGCAGCGUUUGUUAUCACGGCGACAAACACCAUUUACGCCAUCGUUUCUACCGCAUGACAAUGCCCGCUGGCGAACGUACGAUGCUUGAACCGCGUCGCAAGAGCAAAAAAAUCGCCGUUCGCGGAAUUUUUCCGGGAGCUCGUGUCGUACGUGGCGUCGACUGGCAAUGGGAGGAUCAAGAUGGCGGCAAUGGACGACGUGGCAAAGUCAAUGAAAUACAAGAUUGGAGUGCCGCGUCGCCCCGAAGUGCGGCAUAUGUCGUUUGGGAUAAUGGCGCAAAGAAUUUAUAUCGCGUCGGAUAUCAAGGAAUGGCAGAUUUGAAAGUUGUGAAUGAUGCGAAAGGCACGACAGUGUAUCGGGAUCAUCUGCCGUUGUUGGGAGAAAAUUCCGCAGGCAAGGGAUCGUACGGGUUUCAAAUUGGGGAUCAAGUAGCGGUUAAUUUGGAAAUUGAUGUCGUGCAAUCGUUGCAACAUGGGCACGGGGGAUGGACUGAUGGCAUGUACGAGUGUUUGUCGAAUAUCGGAACUGUCGUGGGAAUUGACGAAGAUCAUGAUAUCGUCGUAGCAUAUCCGAGUGCGAAUCGAUGGACUUUUAAUCCGAAUGCUUUGACGAAAAUUUCGAGUCCUUCAAGCACAAAUACCGAUGCGACGGGACAACAAUUCGCCGUUGGAGAUUUUGUGAAAAUUUGCAGCGAUAUCGAACGGAUUAAGAUUCUUCAACGAGGGCAUGGCGAAUGGGCGGAAGCUAUGGUGCCUACUUUGGGUAAAGUUGGGCGUGUGCAACAAGUUUAUCACGAUAACGACUUGAAAAUUGAGGUUUGCAACACAUCUUGGACUUAUAAUCCGCUUGCGGUGACAAAAGUUGCUUCUUCGAGUGAUGGUUCAGUUGCUGUCACUUCCAACGGAGAACGUUUAUCGGCAAUUUUGAAGAAAUUAUUCGAGCCUCAUGUCUCGGGAGACAUCACAGAAGAACUUGUCAAGGCAGCUGCGAAUGGCGACGCGACAAAAUGCGAAGAAUUUCUUUCCGGAUGUGCUCCAAAUGGUCAAACAACGUCUCCAGCUGACGUAAAUGGCGUUUUUGCGGGUCAUACAGCACUUCAAGCAGCCAGUCAAAACGGGCAUUUGGAGGUUAUUCAAUGCUUAUUGCGUCACAAUGCUGAUGUCGAAAUCGAAGACAAAGACGGCGAUCGAGCCGUGCAUCAUGCAGCAUUCGGCGACGAACCACGUGUCAUCGAACUACUCUCAAAAGCGAGUGCUGACCUCAAUGCGCGCAAUAAACGACGUCAAACCGCCUUACAUAUCGCCAUCAACAAAGGUCACUUGAAUAUCGUUAAAACCCUUCUCGAGCUCGGAUGUCACGCCAGUUUGCAAGAUUCCGAAGGCGAUACGCCGUUACACGAUUCAAUUUCCAAAGAGCAUGACGACAUGCUUGCCCUUCUCUUGGAUUACGGCGCCGACAUCACAUUAACGAACAACAAUGGGUUCAAUGCGUUGCAUCAUGCGGCGCUCAAGGGAAAUCCGAGUGCGAUGAAAAUUCUGCUUUCAAAAACGAAUCGACAUUGGAUUGUCGAGGAGAAGAAAGAUGAUGGAUAUACGGCUUUGCAUUUGGCGGCAUUGAAUAAUCAUGUGCAAAUUGCUGAGCUGCUUGUGCAUAUUGGCAAGGCGAAUCUCGAUCGACAGAAUGUUAAUCUCCAAACUGCUUUGCAUCUCGCCGUUGAACGGCAACACGUGCAAAUUGUCAAGUUAUUGGUGCGUGAAGGAGCAAAUUUAAAUAUUCCCGAUAAAGAUGGAGAUACGCCGCUGCAUGAGGCUUUGAGACAUCACACGUUGUCACAGUUGAGACAAUUGCAGGAUAAUGAAGGUUUCGGAAAACUUCUCAUGGGAUUGAGGAAUCACACCGACAAAAAAGCAUCCGCAUCAAUUGCUUGUUUCCUCGCCGCAAACGGAGCUGAUUUGACGAUCAAAAAUCGUAAACUCCAAACACCCUUGGAUCUUUGCCCGGAUCCCAAUUUGUGUAAAACUCUCGUGAAAUGCUACAACGAACGCAAAACUGAUGAUAUGGAAGGACCAACAGCAGCUUCAACGAGCACGAGCAACACAGGAGCUCACGGAGUGAAUGAGAAUCAAGGCUUGGAUGAAUGUCUCUUGUGUUCUGAUAACAAGAGAGACACAAUUUUCAAACCUUGCGGGCACGUUGUUUGCUGUGAUGGAUGCGCUCCAAGAGUCAAAAAGUGUUUGUCGUGUCGUGAAACGAUUGCUUCUCGUGAAAAGAUUGACGAAUGUCUCGUUUGUUCCGACAAACGUGCUUCUGUGUUCUUUAAACCGUGCGGGCAUAUGGUUGCAUGCGAAAGUUGCUCGUCAAUCAUGAAGAAAUGCGUUCAAUGUCGCACAAAUAUCACGGAAAUGGUUCCCUUAUCGGUUUGUUCGGGCGGACAGGGCACAAUUAGUAAACUACAAACAGCACAUCACGACGAGGAGAAAAAAGUCUUGGAAAUCACGGGAUGCAAUAAUGCGGGACAUGGUGUUGCAAUGAACAAUACGACGACGCCCGUUGCUGCGAAUAACAAUAAUGUCGCUGCAAACACGACAAAUGAAGCGGCAAAUGUUUCUUCGACAACUAAUGCCGCUGCAGGAAUUUCGGGCGUAACGACAAACAACUUGAAUUUAGUGAACGAUGUACAACGAUUACAACAACAAUUGCAGGAUAUCAAGGAACAGACAAUGUGUCCCGUUUGCUUCGACAGAAUCCGCAACAUGGUCUUCCUUUGUGGGCAUGGAACGUGUCAAAUGUGCGGCGAUCAAAUCGAAGGAUGUCCCAUUUGUCGCAAAAAGGUCGAAAAACGAAUUUUAUUAUUCUAAAAAAUUUUAAGUUUCACAAAAACUUGAUAAAAAAUGUCCUCCAAUCAUUUAAUUUAGAGAAAAAAAGAAAAAAAAAACUAAAAUUGCCUUGUUAGAAAUUAGUUUCAUUCUCCAUCACAAAUAAGAUUUAUUAUUUUUUAUAUUAUAUUAUUUUUUGCAUCCAAUUAGUCAUGUAAGUGUUCAUGUUCAAUUAAUUGAGUUUAAGUUAAAAUACGUAAUACGCGUUGUUUUUGUUUUGUUUGUUCGAACAAAAAAAAAUCAAAAAAGAAAGAAAAGACUUUGUUUGUUAUUUAAAUUUAAAAAAAUCACAAUUUAAUCUUUGGCUUCGAAAUUUAAAAAAAAUUCCAACGAAAAAAAAAAUAAAAUUCAAAGAAUAGUGCAAAUGAAUGGCCACAAAACUAAAAGUUUGAAAAUCGUAACAGGAAAAAUUUUUGUAGAAAGUUUUAUAAGAAAAGAAAAAAAAGAAGAGUGAAAAUGUAUUUUAAUGGAAAUUGCAGAAGUUACAUUUUAAACAUUUUUCAUUCAAAAUUAUUACAUAUGAAUAUUAGCUUGCUCAGUAAACUACUCAUUUUCAACACUUAUUCUUAUUCAUAGAAUCGUCAA